CGUAUCGACGUAAAUUAACUAACGCGUUGUUGGCAAGAUYGAAAAGAUAUCGAUUCAGGGUGAACGCAGUUAACAGUUGGAACAUUUUCCUUGGGAAAAUUUCAAAAGAUGCUCCCGAAACACAUCGASCACGCUAUUUUCAAACUGAGUUAUUUUGUUAUAAUAUUUUGCUGUGUAAUUAGCAGUUCUAACCCGAAGAUCUUGGCUAAUGCAAGUCAAUAUUGUCCUCCAAAUCUGCGUUCCCUUUACAUCAAAGGGAUUAGCUUCCCGCCAUAUUUGUACGCAGACCGUUCUAAUGUUUUCAAAGGAGAACUUGUUGAAUACAUYGACGCUGCCACCAGAAAAUGCUGYYCUAAGAUCCAAGUGAAGUAUUACAGCGUUGACAACGAAACGAACUCUUCAGAUGAUAUCGAGSAMAUGAUAAGAAGUCCUGAUCCWCAUGGCAGUUUUAUAUACUUUCCAGUUUUUGCAAAUAAAAACGAAAAAGAGCAGUUUAAUCGAUUCUUUUUAGGCAUGUAUGAAAGUUCUGGUUUUGCUGUGAUCCAGACCGAGAACGAUCCAUAUUUUGAAAGAGCUACGGAUCAAAUUGAUGCGUUACUAGCGACUUGGCCCCUUUUGCUAGCAUGCGGUUUAACUGCUACUCUAGCUGGCGUUAUAAUGUGGAUUUUGGAUUGUCGACAAAAUAAAGACUUCUCGACGGGAUUUUUGUCUGGAGCUGGUGCGGGUGUAUGGUGGUCCUUCGUUACUAUGACAACAGUGGGAUAUGGAGACAAAAGCCCCAAGUCAUUUUUCGGCCGGUCCUUUGCUAUUUUAUGGAUGAUUAUUGGUACGAUUCUUCUGUCAAUACUCUCAGGCCAGAUCACCGCGUACCUUACCACGCUUCAAGUUACCCAAACAUUUACAAUACAAGACAAAGAGGUCGCUGUGCCGCUUGGAGUUCAAAACUUUCUGGAAAAGGAAUUGAGCCUUGGAGCGAAGUAUGAAGAAUAUCCGAUUAUUAACAUCAUAAAGGCUGCUAUAAAAGGAGAUGCAUCAAGCAUAGGUGGACGAAAGUAYGCCAUACUCUAUGAUUACGAAAAGCAACAUCGUGCAUUUCUGCUUAAAAUGAACAAAUCUAUGKACUUAACAAUUAAAACGAUGAUCACCCAUCCCACCUAUCUUGGAAUAGUUUGUACUCACGAGCCCGAUGAUCCACUUAGGACGUUUUUCAAAUGUUGGCAGAAAUCUGUUCUCGACCAAAUUGCAAUUGCGAAGUUAAAAGACCGUGCAAAGUACCGUAAUCAAAACAGGAAAAAGCUUACUACACCUGCACCAAAACGUUCUGUGGAAACUAACGCUCUAAUAGCUCUAUCUGCUGUUGUUGGAGCUUUUACAGUAAUUGGUCUUAUAUGGGAAUUGUCCAAAAGGUCCAAACAAAAGAAGGCUUCAGUUUCAUAGCUUGGUCAAGACUCUGGCAUCUGUGGUCUAUUUUUGGAAGCUUCACCAUUGGUUAUUCGACCUUCUCAUAUUCAAGGAGCAGAUAAUAAUUUUUGAAAUGG